GGCUCAACCAGGGGUAGUGCAACAACUGCACCUCUCCGGAGUGAGGGGUGCAGAGCGGGCCUCAUGUCGCAGCCCUGGCGGCACAUAAUCCAAGACCUCACCUCUGAGCUUGAGCGACAGGAUGCAAAACUGCAAGACCUGGAGCUGGAGAACCAGCGUCUCCGCAUCGCAGGGCUUGCGCCCAUGGUGACCUCGCAGUCGCUGCGGACGACCGCAGCGGCAAGUAGUCCCAUUGGCCCGAAAUCCUCCAACGACGUGCUAGAUUCCUGGAAGUCCGAGCCCACGCAGUCCCGAGAAAUCGAGAAGUCCGAAGACCCGCCAAACGACGACUCGGAGCGGGGCUUCUCCAUCGCGCGGGCCAAGAGUAAGACGGGCCCCACGCGGCGGCUUUGGUACGUCAUCAACCCGCAGAGCAACUCGUAUGCCAGUUGGCAGCUGGUCACCACCUUCGCCUUGGCAUUCGUGGUCACUGCAGUGCCGUAUCAGGUGGGCCUUCUCGAGCUGAGAUGGGACAUCUUGAUGAUGGUGAGCUGCAUGGUGGAUAGCGUCUUCCUCUGGGACAUGGUGUUGCAGUUCUUCACCAUGUAUCCCAGAGUCACUGCCAGGGGUCUGCAGUGGGAAGAUAGCCUCAGCAAGAUCGCCACCCACUACUUGAAGACUUGGUUCCCCAUCGAUUUGAUCACCAUUAUCCCUUUCGACGUCAUCGAGCUCGCCUCAGGUGCAGAUCACAUGAGCGCCUUCAAGGGUACAAAGGCCAUCCGUGCGCUUCGGCUCCUGAAGCUCAUGCGAGUGGUCAAAACCUCCAGAUGGCUGCACAAGCUGGAGAUCGCGGUGUCCAUCCCGUAUCAGCAGUUCGCCCUGGCACGGUUCUUGCUGAUCCUACUCCUGGUAUGCCACUGGCUUGCAUGCGUGUGGUCCAUGACGCUGCAACUUGCAGAUCCUGGCCUUCCUCAGUGGAUCAGCGACAUCGAGAGUGUGGACCUUCAGUUCGGCAUCACUACCAAGGACAGCCCAUGGCGGAUUUACCUUACUGCCUUCUACUUCUGCAGUUAUACCAUGACGUCGGUUGGGUACGGCGACAUCUACCCCCAGAACUCUUUUGAGCGGAUCGUGUGCAUCCUGAUCAUUUUGACGGCUGGUCUUUGUUGGGCCUACGUGCUGGGAGAGGUUUGUGCCAUUGUUAGCGACAUGAACUCGGAGACCCAAGCCUUCCGGAAGAAGAUGACGGACUUGAACACCAUGAUGUCUGAGCAGGGCCUGCCGAAUGAGCUGCGCUGCCGCCUGCGCAGCUUCUUCCUCCAGAACCGACAUCAGGCACUACAUGUGACGCGUCAGAGACUCCGCGAUAGUAUGAGCCCGCAACUCCAGUCCGAGGUGUGCAUCGCUUUGAACUUUGCAUGGAUCCAGCGGGUGACAUUUUUCAGUCAGUUCAUGGCACUCAUCGAGGAGACUGAGGAGAAAGGUCUUGAUGCGGACCCGUUCCGGAUGUGCAUCGCCGACAUUUCCCGGCAGUUGGACUGCGGAGCCUUUGCACAGGGCGAGCGCUUUGAUAACGUUCAGGUGCUCUACAUCCUUUCCAAAGGCUUAGUGGCUCUCAACAGCCGCGUAGGCUCCAACGGCGCUGUGUGGGGCGAGGAUUUUGUGCUUUCGGACGUGACGCUCAUCCGCCCGGUGCGGGGUUUUGCACUGACCUAUUUAGAGGUGCUGUUUCUUACCCGCGCCAAGUUUAUGAAAGUCAUCGAGCGGCGCAAGAUCACCUGCCCGCAGCUGGGGCAGAUCGUGCGGCGCUUUUGCGUGCGCCUCGCCGUCCGCCGCGGGAUCGUGUCCCACGCGAGAAUCACCUCCGCACACGAGGAGGUGAGAAGGACUCAAGCUGCACUGAGUUCGGGCGUCCAGCCACCGCCCAGUGACCAACUUCCGGGUAUGGUCGCACCAGGAGCUGUGCCGGACAUGCUGGAGGACAUGUGAGCAGCGCCCAACAGCCCUUUGCA